UUCUUAUUGGUUCAAGGGAAAUUAAUCCAUCCCACAAUUCCUAACCAUUUUUAAGAUGGCGGCCCCCAUAGAUUUCACGACAGUUUGGAUGGUGUUAGGGUUAGCACUGUGUUUAACACCCAACGGUAUAUUUGCGUUUGAAGAUGAAUUUGAAGGAUCACGGACACUUACGGUGGAGCACUCAUUUGACAGAGGCCCCAACCCAGUGUACACCAAGAGGGGGACUAUUGUCAUACACUCGCUGAAGGGAAACCGUGCUCGCUUCACACAGACGGCCCCCCUCUCUCCAGAAGAGCGGGCUCAACUCCAGAAUCUGGCACAAAGCAAUGGCAUCUACCGUGUGAGGAUCCCAGUCACAUCGCAGGAGGAUCAGCAGACUCAGAAUGAAGUGUAUAUCUCAACAUUCACCCGAGCUUGUGCAAUAUAUGAGUCUGGACUGAGUGACCAGAUGAUGGUGAACUUUGACCAGUCCGGAGAGGUUCUUGGCAUCUCGCUGACCGCUAUUCCAGGCUUGUGUGUUGGCGCCGAUAUUCCUGCGUCCAACUUGACCAACUGGAAGACAUCUGUGGAAGCAGUUCUGACAGUUUCCGGGCCUGUCCCCGACACACAGACGUAUAUUGAGAAAAUGAAAAGGGAAGAGGCAGAAAAGGCCAAAGGUCAACAAGGAGACAACAGAUCAUUCUUCGGAAAAUAUCAAUAUGUCCUGCAGUUUCAUCUGCUCACAAAUGCAAGUCACACAAAUAGUUCCAGUUCAUCCCACCAGUGGAUGUACAUUGUUCCAUUUGUGAUUCUUGUGAUGGUGGCUUCAUCCUCGGACCCAAACCAGGGAGGUGGAGGGCGAUGAGAGCACGGCACGAGGAGGACAUCAGAUACAUUUGACAGGGAAGAAUAAGUUUGGUAAAAAGUCAAUGAAGGAAUACUUAUAUCCCAGGAAAAAGACUGGCUCAUUUAACUGAUGCUGACGAUGGCUUUUGAGUAUACUACUCAAAACAUGUUAAGGAGCAGCCACAAUUGGAAGGCUGUGUUGCAAUACCCACCAGCGGUGACAGAAAAACUGUAGUCACUUGAAAAAAAUAGGGUGUUCUUUAACUUCUUUUGAGUAGUGUAUGUAGCCUGGGAAGGUCAAAUUGUGUUUAGCAUGUAUUAGGUUCAGGUUUGUGCAUUGUUGAAAGAAGAGGGGAAUAUUUGUCAUCUAACUUUCUACAUCAAGUGAUGUAAUGAGAGAGUGAUGCUGGAUGUGUGUGAAUGAUGGUAUAUUUAUAUAGUAAAGCACACAAGAGUGCCAGCAUAAUAUACCAGUAUGAAUAUGUUUAGGUCAAAGGAUGAAUGAUGUGAAGUUUCAGUGUGCAUCUAAAAUACCUUCUCCUGAUACAUACAUUCAGUUAAGAAAUAUCUCCUGUCGUGUUUGAAUUCCAUCAUUUAAUGUUCCCUAUGAAGGUUGUUUCCUUUGCUGCAACUUCCAAUCUCAUUACAAUCAACAGCAUUCCAUACCUCUCUGAAUGAAUAUUGGAUGACACGUCCACAGCAGGGCGUCCGGUGAACUUUCUAAUCGGACCAUUUUAUGCAUCCUGUCUUUUCUUGAGCGCCAUCCUUCAUUUAUAUGGCAGUUGGAAGUUAGCUCUGGUUUAUCCUGAUGUGACCUUCUCUAGAAGUGUUGUCACAUCUUCACGUGGAGAGGUGUCAUAUUGGUGUGAAACAUUUGAUUUUAAUGAGAUUGCUGCAACUCCAACCGCACAUCACAGAGAUUCAUGUUUGUCAUUCCUGAUAUUUGUUGUGUGUAUGUAUGGGGGGUGUUCGGUUGCCCCAUGGUGUAUGUGUUUAAAUGUUUCACAGAAGACGACCAGGUUGGAUGCCAAGAAAACAAAAGUAGGGGGAAAAUAUUAUUACAUGGAUGCAGUGCUCCAAAUUUAGCAUGAAUGUCAUGAGGUCCUUGUCAUGACCCUUAUGUUGAAGUUAAGAGAUGACGGGGGACCCUAGAUUCAAACACUUUAGGAGAAGAGCCCCAGGACACCCCCCUUUCCGUUUUUUACACUGGAUGUAAAUUUGAAUUCAGGCAAAUUUGAGGCUAGAUCAAGUUGUUUCGAAUAGCAGAAAUUGAAAACUAUUUAGUGGUUGUUUCAGUUUUUUGUAUAUUCUGGACUUACCCGCCCUUUAUGUUACUCUGAAUGUAGUUUCAUGUCAUAGCCACGUUUACAUUUAUUGUGUUUGAUGAGGAGUAUCAUCAAUUUUCUUUAAACAAACUUUCAAGGGCUCUGAUGUGUUGAAAUAAUUGUACUUGAGUACCUGAAUGACCCUUAGUCCAGUUCCCGAUUUCAGUGGUAGGUAUUAUUGCUGUGCAAUGUCUCUCUCCACACCACCCAGUUUCAACAGUAGGCAGUUAUAGCUAUGCCAUGUAGAGAGCACGUCUCUCUCGCCAUCACCCAUUUGUUUCUGCAAAAAUGGCUUCUUAAUGUGUGAGACAUGAGUGCAGGUGAACCAGACCAGGCAAGAUAAUAGCUAAGACAGCUCAUCGAGACAUGUGAUAGUUGUCAUCCAUAACAGUUAAAUGUCUCAUUAGUUCAUUCUUCUGCUGUAUAUCAAAGGAAUAUCAGCAGUAAUUGGUGAUCUAUCUAAACCCAGUUCCGCAUUACCUGUCAGAGCCCUCCAACUAGUAUCAGGAUUAUUGCCUGACUCUAAGACGUUGCUUGUCGGUGGCAGUUGUUUACCAUUCUCAACCAAAACUUGCUUAACGCCAAGACUAAUCUAUAGAAUUUCUGUAGUCACCAGGGAAUAGUGCAUCUUUCUUGUUUAUUCAUGUGAAUGUUUCUAUUUAUUCAAGGAUGUACCUCAGGUGUGUUGUUGGAAUAAAUGUCUUUCUAAAUCAUUA